GAUGUCGUCCUCGUCGUUGAUAAACAGCGGUCCUGGCGGCUCCGUCAAAGCUUGUCGAACAACCAUGCAAACGUGGAAUACAGACAUCGUGUGGGAAGUCGCGGCAAAGCUGGGGCAACGAGACCUGGCAAACGUGGCACGCGUCUGCAAGCAAUGGUUGCCCAUCGUGCGACCUCACCUCUACCGCGACAUAGUCGUCGAUCCGUACUUGCGCGGCACGCAUGCCCUCGUGGCAUUAUUCAACAAGCGCGAAGACCUGCGUUGUUUGGUUCGGCACCUCACUCUCCGCGGUAUAGUCGGAGGCGAAGGCUGGUUCAAACUCCUGCUCGAGUGGAUCAAGUACCUCCCCGAGCGGAACCUUGUCUCUGUCGAAAUCGACUUCAGCGACACGCGUCCUCUGAUCAUGCUGCUGGAAUCCCCCGCCAUACGCACUGCGCCUCACGUCGUAAUCCGUCAGCCAGUCUUCAACCGCGAGCGGAUGGCUAUAGUCCUUGCAAAUCCGCAUCUGCGGACCCUCUCUGCUAUUGUCCACAGCGACUGUCUAGCACCACAGGGAACACUGCGCUUGAAACGACUCAGCAUCACGGUAGAGCGCAUACCAUCCACACUGCCGCAGAUCCUGUCAGCCAUCGAACCAUCCGCACCCCUCCAACGGUUCGACCUGCGCGUGACGGCGCAGCCCGACGAACACGUGAUCGCGGCGCUCGCUCGGUCCCUCGCGCCGCACGCGCCCUCCCUCACGCGCCUGGCCAUCGCCUCCGGGGAGCGCGUCGCGGACGCGCCGUUCAUGGACGACCUCGCCCCCUCGCUCUCGUCCGUCGAGUGGCUCUGCUGCGCGUACGGCACGUACACGUCCGCGCUGCUCCUGCGCGCGCCCGCGCGCCUGCACACGCUCGUGCUCCUCUGGGGACUCGACGGCACGGCCCUCAUCCGGGACCCGUACGGCAGGGGCUACAUCACGGGCCCGCGCCUCGAGAACGUGCCGUUCCCGAGCAACGACUUUGCCCGCGCGGUCGCCUGCGUGGCGGCGCGGCCUGAGGUGGCGCUCCGGAGGCUCGUCGUCGCGCUGCCGAAGCUCGUGCGCGACCCGUGCGAGGCCGUCGCGGCGGCUUGCGCAGCUGCAGGCAUCGCGUUCGAGAAGGUGUGGAUGAAUGAUGGGAUGUUGGACAUCAUGGAAUAGCAUGCCAAACAGUAAUUUCUACCAGGUGAGUGAGAUAUUGAGAGCUUGGAAGCGACCUUCUCG